AUGUAUAGCAUGAUGAUGGAGACGGACUUGCACUCCCCGGGACACCAGACCAAUACAAACCCGGGGCAGACAGGUCCAAACUCGGGAAGCAAAGCCAACCAAGAGCGCGUCAAACGCCCCAUGAACGCAUUUAUGGUUUGGUCCCGCGGGCAGCGGCGAAAAAUGGCUCAGGAGAACCCGAAAAUGCACAACUCUGAAAUCAGCAAGAGGCUCGGCGCUGAAUGGAAGGUGAUGUCAGAAGCUGAAAAGCGGCCCUUUAUUGAUGAGGCCAAAAGGCUGCGCGCCAUGCACAUGAAAGAGCAUCCGGAUUACAAAUACCGGCCAAGGCGUAAAACCAAGACGCUGCUCAAAAAGGACAAGUACUCUCUGUCCGGCGGGCUGCUCGGCGGAGCGACCACGGGUGCCGGAGUGGGCCUGGGCAUGGGCGCAGCAGGGGUAGGCCAGAGGUUGGAGAGCCCCGGGGGUCAUGGAGGAUCAGCCGGGUACUCGCACAUGAACGGAUGGGCGAACGGUGCGUAUUCGGGUCAGGUUGCUGCAGCUGCUGCCGCCGCCGCUAUGAUGCAGGAGGCACAACUUGCUUACGGGCAGCACCCUGGCAGUGGUGCACAUCACCACCACCACCAUCCACAUGCCCAUCACCACCAUCCACACAACCCGCAGCCCAUGCACCGCUACGACAUGAGCGCGCUGCAGUACAGCCCCAUUUCGAGCUCGCAGAGCUACAUGAGUGCUUCACCGCCCGGCUACGGAGGGAUUUCCUACCCGCAGCACCAGAACGCCAGCGUGGCCUCGUCAGCCGCAAUCGGCACGCUCAGCUCUCUCGUCAAAUCCGAGCCAAACGUAAGUCCUCCGGUUAGCACGCACCCCAGAGGCCCGUGCCAGGGAGACUUGAGAGACAUGAUUAGUAUGUACUUACCGACUGGAGAAUCUGGAGAGCCGUCAGUUCAGAGCAGACUGCACGCUUUACCGCAGCACUAUCAGAGCACGACGGCCGGAGUAAACGGGACUGUCCCGCUAACGCACAUCUGAAAGCAUCCAGUAAAGAGGGAGGGGGGAAUUCUGACACACCACCAAAUAUUGACCUCUUUUCGAUGGCCAUUUAACUACUUUUUGUACAGAAUGUUUUAUGAUGUCCUUGUAAUUUAAGGUAAAAUAUAAUUCAGAUGUUUUUUUUUAUGUUGUUCAUUCAUUUCAAUUUGACAU